AUGGAGAGUAAGAAUCGUUUAUAUCAUUGUGAUGGAUGCUCUGCAGAUUGUACAAACAGAAUAAGGAUCAAAUGUGCCAUAUGCGCAGAUUAUGAUUUAUGUGUACCGUGUUUUGCCUCAGGUAACAGUAGUAACGAUCAUAAACCAUGGCAUGAUUAUCAAAUCAUUGAACAGAAUACUUAUCCGAUCUUUGACAAGGAAUGGGGAGCCGAUGAAGAAUUACUAUUGAUUCAAGGUUGUGAAACAUUUGGGUUAGGAAAUUGGGCGGAUAUCAGUGAUCAUAUAGGGAAUAGAUUCAAAGAAGAAGUAGGUAAACAUUAUGAAGAUAUUUAUCUUCAAUCUAAAGAAUAUCCAUUACCUGAAAUGGAUAAAGAUUUCAGUGAUAUAGGGCCAUUGGAUUUCUUAAAACAGCGUAAAGAAAGAUUAGAAAAUAGGAAGAAUUUACCUUUACCUCCACCUAAACAAAAGACCGCAAGUUCAGUACCUUUAUGUCAUGAAAUUCAAGGUUAUAUGCCUGGUAGAUUGGAAUUUGAUCAUGAAGUUGAAAACGAAGCUGAGCAUUCCGUUAAAGAUAUGAUAUUUGAUCCCGAUGAUUCAGCUCAAGAUAUUGAAUUAAAAUUAACAGUAUUAUCAAUUUAUAAUUCAAGAUUAACCACAAGAGCUGAAAGAAAGAGAGUUCUCAUAUUAAAUAACUUAUUAGAUUAUAGAAAGAAUAUUGCCAACGAUAAAAGAAAAUCUAAAGAAGAGAAAGAAUUAUUAAAAAAGAUCAAUGCAUUUAUUAAAGUCUUAACACCUAAAGACUUUGAUUCUUUCUCAAAAGAUAUCUUGACAGAAUUAAAAUGUAGAAUAAGAAUUCAACAACUUCAACAUUGGAGAAGAAAUGGAAUAACAUUAAUUGAAGAUGGUAAUAAAUUUGAAAAAGAUAAAUUGAUCAAAUCUGCUCAUUAUCAAAGAAUGGGUAAUGGAUCUAAUGUUGGAAGACAUAAUGGUUCAUCAUUAACAAACUCAAAUUCAUAUCUGUCGAGAAAUUAUUCACCACCUCCAGAUUUUAAACCUAAAUUGGGUAAUGUUAGAGCUCCUUUAGAUAUCAGCCAUGCUACCGAUUUCGAACUUUUAUCCAAUGAAGAGAAACAAUUAUGUUCCACAUUAAGAAUUCUCCCUAAACCUUACUUGGCCAUCAAGAAUCAAUUGAUGAAAGAAGCUAUUAAAAAUGAAGGUAUUUUGAAGAAGAAAGAUGCUAGACAACUUUUGAAAAUUGAUGUCAAUAAAGCUUCAAAGAUAUAUGAAUUCUUUGUUCAAAUGGGAUGGUGUUCUCAAGGUUAA